UUUUUUAACCGCAGUUUCAAAAUUCAUUACGCACUAGCGCGACUAGUGAAACCGGCGUGGGAUUUUGUCGAGUAUAGCAAGUAGCGUAGGUAAUGGAGACAAGCUAAACAAAACGUGAGCUACCGAGAUCGGCUACGGCUAGGCUAAAGGUAAAUGCUAAACACUCAAAUGUGUUGACGAACGAGCGGUGACUAUUCCUUUUUAACUUUUUUUAACCGCAGUUUCAAAAUUCAUUACGCACUAGCGCGACUAGUGAAACCGUCGUGGAUUUUUGUCGAGUAUAGCAAGUAGCGUAGGUAAUGGAGACAAGCUAAACAAAACGUGAGCUACCGAGAUCGGCUACGGCUAAGCUAAAGCUAAAUGCUAAACACUCAAACGCCACUGCCUGGUCUCGCUGCUCUUUCUACCCAUUAAUUAUAAUGAUGGAGUUUAUGAACAAUUAAAAGUUUAAGCACUUCAGCUAAUGUAUCGAUUUCGUAAAGUGAGAUGAGCAGUGAUAAUCUAAUACAUGGAGGGCACGCACACUGUUUGUGAAACAAUAAUAUUUCUAAUUGUGUGACAUUCCAGAUUCAAAGAAUACGAAAUUAAUAACUAUAUAAAGAACAAUUCCUGCACUAUGUUCCUUAGUUCUGUAAAUUUAGUAUUUAAUAUUGUUAAAGACAGGCUCCAGCAUGCCUGCAACCCUUGUAAGAAUAAGCAGUUUAGAAAAUGAAUGUAUGGAAAUUGUUUCAACACUAAAAAAAAGGUAUACUGACUAUUUUAAUGUUGAUAUGGCAUUAAUAAAAAGUAUUAAAAAAUAUAUUGUGCAACCUCCCACAUUUAUUUAACCCGUCUUUCAAAACUAGUGUUUUCCCAUCAAAACUGGAAACCGCAAAAGUUAUUCCGAUUUACAAGAGCGGAGAGAAGCACUUAUUUACAAAUUACAGACCAAUAUUUUUCCGGCAAAAAUUGUAGAACAACUAUUUGCAGACAAACUUUACAAAUGUAUUGCAAAGCAUAAUGUAAUCUGCAAAUAUCAAUACGGUUUCAGAGAGAAAAGGGCAACAUCUAUGGCAAUAAUGGAAAUUGUGGAAGAAUCAAUCAAUGUGUGUAUGCUUGCAUGCUCGCGAUCAGUUCAAUAGUGGGUGUUUGGUCACUUCAAAAGUCGGAUCUUCAGUCAAAAAAGGUUGGGCACCCCUGGUAUCAGAUGUUUGGCACAUAAAUGGUUAAAAAGCUAUUUAGAUGACAGCUACAGCUGUUGUGAAAACACUAUAAAAGUAACUUAAUUGUAUAAUAUUAAUAUGCACAGUUCAACAAUUUCCAAUCAAACAAGUUGAAGCUAACUCCCUAAAUUUAUCAAGAUCAAGGUGUACAACCAGACAAAUGUUCUACUUAUUGCCAUUUCCUUUGAGCAUAUAAACUGUACUGAACAAAGACAUGUAUUGAUAUUUUUUCCUUUAUGUCGUUUUUUUUUCAUGUCUUUCAUAUUGCGUUUAUAUGUUCGAUAUAUUAAUCAAUUCUGACUGAAUACAAUGCAAACUCUUUUUCUCUCUCAAGUUUGAAAUCCCACAAAGAGUCAGCCCCCUUCAGGACGCCAUUCGUCACAUUUCAUUAAGGACCAACAAAACAGGCAAAUUGUGUGCGAGGUACAUAAAUGCAGUCAAAGGAUGUGAAAUAUUUGCAAAGAGUACAAUCGGCAGAGGACAAUUUGUUGCUGAAUAUCGGGGAUAUAUGAUAAAUGAUGCAGAAUACUAGAGCAGAAGAUGAGUUUACCACCAAUCAUGUGCUGCGUUUAUGUUUGCAUUCAAGUGGAGAGGGAAAACAUGGUGCAAUGAUGCUUCACAAGAAGAUGAGUCAUUUGGGCGACCAGUGAAUGAUGAACACAGGAGGCCAAAUUGCCAGAUGAAAAGGAUUGAUGUGGAUGGUGUGCCACACCUAUGUUUGUUUGCUUUCAAUGACAUUCAAGAGGGAGAAGAAAUGACCGAUGAUUAUGGUGGCGAAGACUGCCCAUGGAGAACACAAAUGACCAGCCUUUACAGUCACAGAUGUGGCUCCUCAACCCUCUGUACUGCCUCAGAGUCAGAUGCAACAUACACCAGAUGACCAAGACAAUACCCAAUGAGACUACUUUACAAGAAAACUGUUGCGAUACUGCUGGUCCAGGCAACAUUCACCAGAUGACUAAGACAACACCCAAAGAGGCGACUUUACUUGAACCCUGUUGUGAUACUGCUGGUCCAAGCAAAAUACAUCAGAUGACUAAGACAACACCCAAAGAGGCGACUUUACUUGAACCCUGUUGUGAUACUGCUGGUCCAAGCAAAAUACAUCAGAUGACUAAGACAACACCGAAAGAGGCGACUUUACAUGAACUCUGUUGUGAUAGUGCUGGUCCAAGCAACAUACAUCAGAUGACCAAGACAACACCCAAAGAGGCGACUUUACCUGAACCCUGUUGUGAUAGUGCUGGUCCAAGCAAUAUACAUCAGAUGACUAAGACAACACCCAAAGAGGCGACUUUACUUGAACCCUGUUGUGAUACUGCUGGUCCAAGCAAAAUACAUCAGAUGACCAAGACAACACCCAAAGAGGCGACUUUACUUGAACCCUGUUGUGAUACUGCUGGUCCAAGCAAAAAAAAAAAAAAAAGCUCUGUCAUCCAAGCAGGGCUCAGAGUCAAGCCGCUGCUCCUCCGCAUUGAGAAGAGCCAGAGGAAGUCUGUUUAG